GUUAACGGAAAUGUUAAGAGAAGGGCUGAUUUGCCACUGCAUGGGAGUUGAGGGGCUGAUUUGCGCCCCGAUUCUGCUCUUCUUCUUUCCCGUCCCCCUGCAGCUGAACAAGGGAACCCAGGCCCCGACGCACCUCCCCUUGAGAAAAACCGAAUUUUCGGAUCUACCCUGCCCUGCUCUGUCCUUCCGCCGGCUGCUCUUACUUUGUGGGUGUGAUUUGCUCCGGUUUCUGUUUCCCCCGCACUUCCCGCCGGCUCUUCCCCAAUCUACAGCUUCGGUUUGCUUGCUGGAUUUCUUGGAAGCGAAACCGAGGACGGGAAAACCACGGAAAGUGACGAGUUAGAAGGCUAGCCAUUUCAAGAUUGAUAUAGAUUUUAGAAAUAAAUCAUACUUUUGUAAGAUAGAGUUUACCUUGAAUUUAUAAGAUCAAAACAGAUUUUGGUCAUUAGAUCAAUUACUUGGAUGUAAGUCAUUUUGGAUAUAGAAAUAAAUUGAAAUAUUUGAU